AUGGCUUCAGUUUCGGCUCCUGCUCAGACAGCCCCUGCUUCUUUGCAGAGAGGCAUAGUAAAGAUGGUUUUGUCUGGAUGUGCCAUCAUUGUGAGAGGACAGCCUCGAGGAGGACCCCCUCCAGAGCGUCAAAUCAAUCUAAGCAACAUUAGAACUGGGACUAUGGCACGCAGAGCUGCCCAGGGACAGCCUGACACCAAGGACAUUCCAGAUGAGCCCUGGGCCUUCCAAGCCAGAGAGUUCCUGCGAAAAAAGUUAAUUGGGAAGGAGGUGUGCUUCACUGUGGAAAUCAAAACUGCUUUGGGUCGAGAGUAUGGAAUGGUUUAUCUUGGCAGAGAUACAACAGGUGAGAACAUUGCUGAAACUCUGGUGAGUGAGGGCCUUGCCACUGUUCGACGGGAAGUGCGAGGAAACAAUCCAGAACAGGCCAGACUUUGUGACUUGGAGGAUCAGGCUAAAGCAUCUAAAAAGGGCCAAUGGAGCGAAGGAAGUGGAGCACACACCAUUCGAGACCUCAAAUACACAAUCGAGAAUCCACGAAAUUUUGUUGAUUCUUUGCACCAGAAACCCAUCAAUGCAAUUAUUGAGCAUGUGCGUGAUGGCAGUGUUGUUCGUGCCUUGCUCCUCCCAGACUACUACCUUGUCACUGUAAUGCUUUCUGGAAUCAAGUGUCCAGUAUUCAAACGUGAAGCAGAUGGCACAGAAACACCAGAGUCAUUCGCAGCAGAAGCCAAGUUCUUCACUGAAUCCCGACUUUUGCAGCGGGACGUUCAGAUCGUCCUGGAGAGCUGCCCAAACCAGAUCAUACUUGGCACCAUUCUUCACCCGAAUGGCAACAUCACUGAGCUGUUACUGAAAGAAGGAUUUGCUCGUUGUGUGGACUGGUCAAUGGCUGUUUAUUCACAAGGAGCUGAAAAACUUCGAGCUGCGGAAAGAUCUGCCAAGGAACGCAAGGUCAGAAUCUGGAAAGACUAUGUUGCACCCACAGCAAACCUGGACCAGAAAGACCGACAGUUUGUGGCCAAGGUCAUGCAGAUUGUCAAUGCUGACGCUAUGGUGGUCAAGCUUAACUCCGGAGAGUACAAAACCAUUCAUCUGUCCAGCAUUCGGCCUCCCAGGAUUGAAGGAGAGGAGAAGAAUAAGGAUAAAGACAAGCGUUUCCGUCCGCUUUAUGACAUUCCCUACAUGUUUGAAGCCCGCGAGUUCCUCCGGAAGAAGCUCAUUGGGAAGAAGGUGAACGUGACAGUGGACUACAUCCGAGCUGCGACAGGCCCGGCAGAAGGCACCCCUGCAUUUUCAGAGCGUACUUGUGCAACAGUUACUAUUGGAGGGAUCAACAUUGCAGAGGCUUUGGUCAGUAAAGGCCUUGCUACUGUCAUCAGAUACAGACAGGAUGAUGACCAGAGAUCCUCCCACUAUGAUGAGCUUUUGGCUGCAGAAGCACGGGCCAUCAAGAAUGGCAAAGGCCUCCAUAGCAAGAAGGAGGUUCCCAUCCACAGAGUGGCUGAUAUUUCUGGGGAGACACAAAAAGCCAAGCAGUUCCUGCCGUUCCUUCAGCGUGCUGGCCGAUCUGAAGCUGUGGUGGAGUACGUCUUCAGUGGCUCUCGUCUCAAGCUCUACAUGCCCAAAGAAACCUGCCUCAUCACAUUCCUCCUAGCUGGAAUUGAAUGUCCCCGCAGCUCCAGAGCCACACCUGGGGGGAUGCAGAUGGCCGAACCCUUCAGUGAAGAGGCCAUGCUGUUUACCAAAGAACUGGUGCUGCAAAGAGAGGUGGAGGUUGAAGUAGAGAGCAUGGACAAAGCUGGUAACUUCAUCGGCUGGCUGCACAUUGAAGGCAUUAAUCUCUCUGUGGCACUGGUUGAAAAUGCACUUUCCAAGGUCCACUUCACAGCAGAGCGCAGUGCCUACUACAAAACUCUGUUGUCUUCGGAGGAGACAUGUCGGCAAAGAAAAGAGAAGAUCUGGGCCAAUUAUGAGGAGAAACCAGUAGAAGAAUUUGUGCAGCUUUCAGAAGAAAAGGAACGUGUUGCAAACUACAAACCAGUCUAUGUCACCGAGAUCACAGACACCAUGCACUUCUAUGCCCAGGAUGUCGAGACAGGAGCCCAGUUGGAGAGUCUAAUGGAGACCAUGAGAGCAGAGAUUGCUGCCCAGCCACCAGUGGAAGGAUCUUACUCUGCACGUAGAGGCGAUUAUUGCCUAGCCAAGUUUGCAGAUGGGGAAUGGUAUCGGGCUCGAGUGGAGAAAGUUGAGUCGCCUUCAAAGGUCCACAUCUUCUACAUUGACUAUGGCAAUAGAGAGGUCGUGUCUAGCACCCGCCUGGCCGCCAUGCCCGCAGCCUUCAGUACCAGGACCCUGCCCGCACAGGCCACUGAGUAUGCCUUCGCCUAUAUCCAAGUGCCACAGGAUGACGAUGCCCGGGCAGAUGUGGUGGACUGCAUUGUUCGCGACAUCCACAACACCCAAUGCCAGCUAAACGUGGAGUUCUCUGGGGUUACCUGUCCUCACGUCACAAUACAGUUUGCCGACACCAAGGAUGACGUGGGUCUGGGUCUGGUCAAAGAGGGAAUGGUGAUGGUGGAUGUGCGCAAAGAGAAGCACCUGCAGAAGAUGGUAACAGAGUACCUGAAUAGUCAAGAAUCUGCAAAGAGUGCCAGGCUCAACAUUUGGCGCUACGGAGACUUCCGCGCCGAUGAUGCUGACGAGUUUGGUUAUCGCCGCUAA